ACGUGUUAUACAAAUGGAUCGAUCUUUCCCCGUAAAUUUCAUUAUUACUGGAGUAGAAGUUUUGUACACUUCGCGGACUUUUAGUUGAAGCACUGCUUUAAUAUCUUCUAUAUAGUGUCUAAUUGUUUUAAUUCUGUGUUCAACUUUUAAUAUAGAUCUACAAAGUGAUAUUUUGUAUGAAGAUAUUCUAUUAUGUAUCCGAAGGAAAAAGAGAGUAGCAUUCCCAGUUCUGCAACCAGUAGUACUGAAUCAAUGGCAAAAUCGGAAGUAAAGGCCACCGAGAGAGAGGGCUGGAAGGGGACGAUGGACUUCAUACUCACGUGCAUUGGGUAUGCUGUGGGUCUGGGAAAUAUCUGGAGAUUCCCAUACCUUUGCUACAAGAGUGGUGGAGGAGCUUUCUUCAUUCCAUAUGUGAUAUUCUUGUGUUUAUGUGGUAUUCCAUUGUUCUUCAUGGAGACUGUGUAUGGCCAGUUCUCCAGUCUCAGCCCUAUUGCCAUUUGGAACAUCAGCCCUAUGUUCAAAGGUGUUGGUAUAGGAAUGGUGAUAGUAUCAGGGCUUGUUUGUGUCUAUUACAAUGUGAUUGUUGCCUGGACACUGUACUACCUUUUCAUGUCAUUCCGUGCCGUGUUACCAUGGAGUACCUGUGGUAACUGGUGGAACACCAAACACUGUGUCGAUGUCGAGAGAUCUGUUAUAAUGGCAGGAAACAAUGGCAGUUUGGAAACGAACAUAACAAGUCUUUUAUCAAAUGUUUCGUCUGUGUUCAACUAUACUGUGAUAGGAGGCAAUGUCAGCAUGUUAGCGGGAAAUGCUUCCGACAUGAUAUCCAAUGUCAGCAGGAUCAGUAAAGAUGAUUUGAUCUCGUCAAGUGAAGAAUUCUGGGAGCACCAUGUGUUACAGUUGACUGACGGAAUUGAAAAUUUGGGUACUCUGCGAUGGCAGCUUGUUUUAACACUGGCUUUGGCAUGGAUCUGUGUCUUCUUCUGUCUGUUUAAAGGUGUUGCCGUCCUUGGGAAGGUGAUGCAUUUUUGCGCUCCUUUCCCGUACUUGGUUUUGCUGGUGCUGUUGAUACGUGGAGUGACGCUAGAUGGUGCUAUAGAGGGAAUUAAGUUUUACAUUAUACCACGCUGGGAAAAACUUGCAACUUUCCAGGUAUGGGGAGAUGCUGCUCUGCAGAUUUUCUACAGUGUUGGAAUGGCUUGGGGCGGUAUCAUCACUAUGGCGUCAUACAAUGACUUCAAACAUAAUGUUUACAGAGAUGCCAUGUUAGUUCCAUUUAUCAACUGUGGUACAAGUAUCUUUGCCGGUUUUGUGAUUUUCUCCAUUCUUGGAUUUAUGGCUCAUGAGACUGGAAAGUCAGUGGAGUUUCGUUCUAUUUCAAUUACAGGUCCAGGAUUGACAUUUGUAGCAUACCCAGAAGCUGUGUCCAUGUUGCCGAUCUCACCACUGUGGUCGGUGUUAUUUUUCCUCAUGUUGUUUAUUAUCGGGCUGGAUAGUCAGUUUGGAAUGUUUGAAACAUGCUUAAGUGCAUUUAUGGAUGAAUUCCCGAAAACUCUGCGUUCCAGACGAGUCCUUGUGUCAGCCGUCGCAUGUUUUAUUGAAUUUCUGCUCGGGCUUCCACUCAUCACUGAGGGAGGCAUCUAUGUGCUACAGAUCAUUGACUGGUAUUGUGCCAGUUUUUCACUGAUGUUGAUCUCAUUUACUGAAUGUAUAGCCAUUGCAUGGGUUUAUGGCGUUGAUCGUUUCUACAAGGAUAUAGAGUUGAUGAUUGGUUUCCAGCCCAGUGGUCUGUGGAAAUUUGCUUGGAGAUUUGUUACACCUUGUGUUAUACUGUUUGUCUGGUUGUUCAGUAUCAUAACAUUGGGCCCAGUAACAUACGGAGAGAAGUCGUACCCACAGUGGGCGGUCACAUUCGGCUGGUGUCUUGGUAGUGUAUCAAUCAUACCUAUACCAGUAUGUGCUAUCUACCAAUUCCUGAAGGCUGACGGCACAGCUAUGGAACGUUUGCGUAAAAUAUCGAAGCCAUCGAAGAAAUGGGGUCCAAGAAAGGAUGAGCAUCGACAAGAAUAUCUGGAGUCAUUGGAAACUGACAAGGCAUGUCAUUCAUUACCAUUAUAUCAGUCAAGAAUAGUGAAACGUAACGUGACAGAUCCAGAGGAAAAAUCAUUCUUGCACUGAAACAAAAAUGUAAAUCAGAUAGAAAAACUAUGUACUUUAUUAUUCCGUCACGCAGUCUCGAGUUAAUGUUUUGUAGCUCCACCGAAGAUUGAGAUCAUUGUUAGGGAGCUAAUGUGAGAAAUGUGACUGCAAGUUCCUCUGCUGUUCAGAUAGUCAGUAAGGAGCAUCAUAGAGAAAUAAGACAGCAAUAUAGAUGGUUGUUACAUCUCCCAGCUGUCAAAAUGCGACGGAAUGGGUCAAGGAAACGUAUUCAGUUGUGAACGAAGGUUAUGAAACAACUUUGAAGCCAACUUUGCUGACAUUUGGUUGGAUGCUAUGAUGAAUUGAUUAGAUAUGAAACAAUUAUAUAUCUUGAACCUACAUGUAUGUAGGCUUCUUCUGUGUAUACUCAAAUGUAUUAGAUUCUAAAGAAACACAGGUAAUAUAUUAAAUGCAUUUUGGAGACUUUUUUGAAUGGUACACUGCCAUUGGCAAGUUUCAUGAUCUUGCUCAGUAACAGCAAAUUAGGUGCUGGAAAUAGCCAGUCAGAUGCUGCAAACAGCCAAUCAGGUGCUGGAAAUAGCCAAUCAGAUGCUGCAAACAGCCAGUCUGGUUUCCAAACUUAAGUUUUACAAUAACUAAGAAGGGCAUUGACUUCCUUGCAAUAUGUUUAGCUCAGCAACCAAAAGUAUAUAAUUUAUUUCACCAAGUAUCAUAGAAUAAACAGUAUUAGAUCAUAGGUUUACAGUAGUUAAGGUGGGAUGGCAGUACACGGUAAAUGGACUUUUACUCUUAAAUAAAGACAAAUUUUAGAUAUGAUAUAGCUGCAGGAGCUUAACCCUUACCCUGCUAAAUUUUAAUAAUGAAUUGUCCAUCUUUCAAUUUGGACAGCACCAUUAACUGUUAAUAGGGGUGCUUACCAAGAGGAUACUGACUGAAUGGCGAACAGUGCAGAUCUUGAUCAGACUUUACAGAUGUGCAGGCUGAUCAUGAUCUACACUAGUCGCAAAGGCAGAAUCAGUUGUGCCCAGCAUGAUAAGAGUUAAACGUAAAUCCAUCAGUCAUUUCUAUAUAAAAGUAAAAUUGUAUAAACUAUUACAAGAAAAAAACAGAUUUUACUUACGUAUCAUAAACUUAGCCAUGUUGUAUGUCAGUCAGUAUAGCUGUAAUACAGAUCGUCUCAGACUGAAUGUCUCGUGCGCACUAGUCAGUUUUGAUGUGAAGGUGUGAUAAUGUUAUUUAGUUAACCUUUAGCCUGCUAAAUUUCUAAAAUGGACUGGUCCAUCAUUCAGUUUGGGUAAUACCAUUUAUUAUUCAAAGUGGUUUUCACUGAUAAUUUACUGACUAAAUAGUGAACAGUGCAGACUAAUCACAAAGGCAAAACCACUUGCCGUUAGCAGGCUAAAGUAACUUUCAAAAAUAAAAUUUAAAGACCAUAUAUAUUGAAUAAAAUUCAGGUGUCUUGCCAUCCUAUCCUGACUUGACAUUGCAGACAUCCCAACUCUCCCGAUCUGAUUGGGUUUUUCCCGAUUCUGGUUGUAAAACCCGAUCACCCCGAUCAGAAGUCUCAAUCUCCCGAUUAAAAAAAAACAACAUAAACAACAAAAAAAAAACACAAAAAUUAUGAAAUAAUCCACUUCUUUGCGCCUAUCUGAUACUUUAUCACUACUGACGAGUCUGUAAACAACAGCUUUCGGAUAUUUUCGCACCUUAUUCCACCCGUGCUGAUUAUUGUUUAUUACACGAUUUAACAAAGCCAGGUGUUGAUUAAUGUGUCACAAUUGAAAUUAAAAUCCAGACAUUAGAUAUCUAAUUAAAUUCAAUCAAAUUUAGAUUAGAAAUUAUACUGGCUUUACCUUUUCCUGUAACUUUUUGAAAUCGAAAGUAGAUGGUCGCCGAGUCAACCUGCUAGGUUUUAAAAAACAUUUCUCUUAAAAUCAUUUUGAUAAGAGGAAAUGUCAUGGUAAAUUUUAAUAUCACCUACUAUCAGAUGCUGUUAAACUGUCUUUGCAUCAUAACAAUUUGUCAAACACAUCCUUUUAACUGGAGAUUUAGGCAAAUCUACGAAAGUGUAACAAUGUCAUUGUUGAGAGAUUUAUCUUUGGCUGUCUGUUGUUUUGUGGAUGGAAUUCUCGUCUGCUAAAAUGUAGUUACUAAAAAUAAAGAAAACCCAUAACUUCUGACCACUAGAUUUCAUAUUUUCAUUCGACAGCAAUCAGCAUAUUUUUUCCCAUGUGUUUACUGGUGAGUGCUGAAUAUGUGCACAUAAAAUUUUGAACCAAAUGAUCAUAUGCAAUGCUUGCAAACUUUAAUGUAACCCCUUGAACAAAGAAAAUAUUUUUAUAAAAUGUUUUGUUAUUAUUUUUGUUUCUAUCACAGCACUGUGUUUUUAUGAAAGCCUGUGAGAAAAUAGAGUAUUACAUUUAGGAAUCAUUAUCUUAGUUUUGAUAACUUUUGUUUUGAUUUAUUGUAUUUUGUUGCAAGCAAUUUUCAGAAUGUCAUUCUUGCAAUAAAUAAAAGAAAUUGGGCCCAAACAAAAUAAUGUUGUGUUCCAAUUAUAUUCCUCAGAGAAUCAGAGAUGUGUUUAUUUAUUAGAAGUUGAAAUUUGCUUAUUUUAAAAGACUGGUUAAAAUGCCAAAAAUCCUUUUUCUGGUCAUUCAGAGAUUCAGGGAGUAGACUAAAUGGGACAGAAUUAUGCAAGAAAAAGGUUGUCAAUGGAACGAUUAAGAUUCUUGUAAGACAAUUUUGGUACGGAAAUGCCUAUGGUCAAGUAACAUAUAUUAUCAUUCUUUAAAUAUUGACAUUUUGUCUCCCAAGUACAGGUAUUAUGACAUUAUAAUACAGUUAUAUUAUAGUCGAAUUUACCGCCAUGUUUUAUAUGGCACUACCUACGUCUGAUAUAUUUUAUCAAGGUAGUGUUAAGUCGUUACAGCAGCCAUUAACUUCUGUUUUAUACGGUAACAAAUUUUAGUAUGACCAGAAACGUUAUUAUUCGCCGUUACAUCAAAAUUCUAUCAAAUUUCUGUCACCUGAGUCACAUGUUAUCAUUUUUCUGCAUUUGUACUGUUUUCAUUUAUCAUGUCAGCAACUUGUACAAUUAGAAAAGCUCUGUUUAUUACUAUUUUACAUUUUAACAGGAUGGACCUGUUUUGUUUUUGUAUAAUUUUUUUGCAGUUUUGUGAUGGUCAUGUUUCAGUCAACAAGAAAAAUAUAGUGCUAAAGAUCUUGUUUCAGUAUAACAGGACAAAUGAAAUUUAGUGCUUGAGGUCAUUUUCAUGAUUUACAUAUUUAUUUUCGUAUGUUUUAUAGAAUUUGUUAAAUCCUAUUUGUUGCAUUUUAGCAGUUUCAACAGAAAUCUUAAAGUUGAUUAGUCAGUAUAGAAAAAACCAUGAUCAUUGAUUUAUCAUGAUUAAAGUCAGACUCGCUAUGACUGAAGAUGGUACAAUUCAAUAACAAAUGAAAUACUCGUGUUGAACAUAUUACCCAUGUCUGGUCAGUUUUUCUUAAAUGUUUUGAUUAUCAUUUCAUUCAUUCGUUAAUAUAAGAGAAAGGUAAUUCUGUCAGUGAUUAGGUUUAUCACAAAAUUUCAAUUAAUGUCAUGGACAGAAUCAACCAUGGGACCUACAGAAUUAAGUCUCCCAUGAAAAAUCAGGAUUUUACAGUAUCUAAAUCAUCAUAAACUAAAUACACUAGAUAAAAUGUAUGAAAUUCUUACAGACUUUUGUUUUGAAAGUUUGAAGUAGGUUUUAAAUGAACUAAUUUAUCAUAGAUUAGAGGCAUUUUACUUUUUAUGUCCCAGUCACUUAUUGUAGUUUACUGAACAAAUUCCAGAAAGUUUUUUCUUUCAAGAGGAAACAGUUUUAUUGUUUUACUUCAUUGUGUUCUUCUGUCAGAGUAUGUUUAUAUGAAUCAAUGCAAAUCUAAUGUUUGGUUCACAUAUUUUGUAAAAGAUGUUUUUUCUUUCUUAUUUCUAUCAUUAUUUAGCAUUGUAGAGAACACUUUUUGUGGUUAGGAGAGGUUUAUAUCAAUUCCAAUCUGUUCAGUGUGUAUGAAUGGAACUUAAUGUCAUUUUUAACAGAUAUUUUCAUUUAGGUACUAAGCCAUUUCUGAGCUAUCAUUAUGUUUGAGGGGAAAAUAACUUUUGACCAUUUUUUUUGUUCAUCUAAAAAUUCUCAGAAAGUUACAAUUUAAUAUAAAGAUGGAAAAGUACGCAGAUUUUUCCUUCAAAGAUAUUUUUUGCCAUCAGUUGAAAACAGCUUUUAAGAUGUCUUCUUCUAAAUUAAAAAAUACCUUUUACAAAAUUUAAUAGAAUAUUAAUUAAAACAUUAAAAAUGCUGUAUGUCUUUUUGAUUUUAUCGUUCAAAAAAUUUGGAAAAUUACCAAAAUUGCUGCCACAGAAUAUGUGAAUCAACCAGUAGACAGUAUGGUAGAUGGACCACCCUAAAUGUACAGUCAAACCUUCUUUAAAGACCAUCUGUGAACAACCUGAUCUUUAGUGUUAUGUCCAAUUUAAUCAUUCACUGUCCAUUUUAGCCUUUUUAAGCUGAAACUUUGACUGUAUAUUUGUAAGGCACUUGGAGGCAUGUUGAGCAAAUUCAGCUUUUGUGAUGAUAUUUCCUUGGUAUAUUCAUGCAAGUGGUGCUUGAUUAAAUAAUAUUUGUUUAACCGAUGUAAAAUGACCAAAACAAAAAUCAAAUGUAUUUAAUCUUGUCACUUUCACAAGGACUUGGUUAUGAAUUGACUCAGAGAAGAAUUUUGGAAGUUGUUUAAGUAAAUCAUUAUUUUUUAAUUCCUGUGAAAGUUUUACAGCCAUAUAUAUUACUUUUUUUGUUUUCACUAGGGUAUGAAAUUGUCAAUAUCAAUUAGCUUUGAAGAAAGACUUCUGGGAUUUAUUGUAAUGAUUCUAUUGCUCUGAAAAUACCUACUGUUAAAUGAGAGAUGUUAUUACAUUGCAUGGCUCAUCAUUUAUAAGGUUAUACAUGCAUGGUAAUUGGGUUUUGAAAUUAUAAAAAUUGUUAGACGAAAAUUUACGGUCCAAUGAUUAUUUUUGAAUGACACGAUUGUUACCAUUCUUCCCUACAUAUUUGAAAUUAUUAAAUCAUACAUGUAUAUUACGGUAUUCAUUCUGCUGUGUACCUGAAACACAUACUAAUUUAUACCAUCAGUGAACUUGCUUGAUUAUAUACAAUAAAAUAUGUCGUGUUUGAAUAACAAAAGUUGUUUAUGCUCAACCUGACCUCUGAAACGAUAUUCAUAAAAUAAUUUGCAUAAUAUUAUGCACUGCCGUGCUUCAUGUUUCUAUUUUUGUUUCUUGUAAGAUAUCAAAUAAGAUAACAGGUUUAUUUUAUUUAUGUCAUAGCUCAAUUUGGUAUUGAAGUCACCACCCAUGGAGAGUUAGGACUUAACUGCAGAUUUAUGCAAGAAAUUCUAAACUUUGGAAAACUGUAUGUUUAUGUCAGAAAUUGUACAGUGAUUCAAAGCAUUUUAGACAGUAUUUCAUAUUUACGUUUAGUGAAGUUGUUUGAUGUAUCAAGAACUUUCUUCUGUGUUAAAAUAUGGUAACACCAUAUCAAACUGUGAUGAAAAAUAUUAUAACCUUAACAUUACUUUUAAGGUUACAGUAGAAAUGUCAAUUUAUGUCACUUUGGUACUCUGUACUUUUUUUUUUUAAAUUAGGAUUUUUGACAUUAUUUGGUUAGUCAGGGUGUACUAUUUACCAGUGAUUUAAAGGUGCUUACAUAAUGAAGUUACCAGUGAAAUUGCCAAGAUUUUAUUUCAAACAUAAUUUAACAAAUUAACAGGAUGUGAUAUUUUCUGUCUGUAGAGGAACUAUUCUAGUUACUCCAAAUUUGCUUUUGAAAAAGAACAAAAUCUGUAAACUGAUACAGAUAUAUGGUAUAAACUCCAAUACUGACACUUUUGAUGAGCAAACACCUUUCAACAGUGUCAAGGUGUAUACAAAAAAAACUCCAAUACUGACACUUUUGAUGAGCAAACACCUUUCAACAGUGUCAAGGUGUAUACAAAAAAAAAAAAUUCUAAGUAAUUUGACCUCUCAAGAGCAAUAACCUCUAAACACAACAAAAAUCUUUCAUGUUUACCGGUGUUAGGUUGCUCAUGUACUGAUAUUAACAAGUGUCAUUGUCAUAGUUUUGGAUCAUCUAACUGGUACUUACUUUUCUGUAGUCUAAGCACUGAUAAAAAACAAGAUUCCUUUCACCAUUUGCGUAAAAAUGUUUGGAUAUUUUUGUUCUCCACAAUUUUGUCUUGUUUCUACAAUAAAGACGAAUAAAUUUUUUUUUCCGUAAGAAAAACAUCUCAGAUUAUGAGAGCCCAUUUUAGGCUGUUACUUGUUUAUCCAGAGUACAAUAAAUGUGUGCCUUAUAUAACAAACAUCAUAUGAAAAGCUUAAAUUUCAACUUUACAUCAACUGUAAUCAGUUUUUCUAAUGCCUUGUCUAAAAUGACUAUAAUUAUGCUCAACAAAUCUUUGAUACUUCAGAUCACAAACAUAAAAUUUUUCAAGUUUAUCAAAAAAAAAAAAAAAAAUUAUUUCUGACCUCGUUUUGGAAGAACCAUUAAAUUUUAAAAGCAGUGCCAUUUCAUUCAGUUGUAUUUGUGUAUGUUUUCAUUGCUGCUUGUUCCAUCAUUCUCCGUCAUUCCUAUUUCUGGUCUGGAAAACCUUUUUCCAUCACCAAGAUGUAGCUAAUGACCUAAGUCAGUACAUGCCAGUUUAUAAUGUGAUGCAGUUUUAUGAUCACAAUAUAUUAAAUGCUUGCAUUUUUGUGAUUGUAUAUUUAGUAAUGUAUACAAAAUAUGUUUUGUAAAUAAAAUUAUUUAAACACA